GUGGGGUUUCCCAAAAGAAGGGAGUUUUAUUAUAAAAAAAUUAGAGAUGUUAAAGGCGAAAAUAGAUGCUGCAAGAAAUGAGGUAAGAAUGAAGAACAAAAUUAUUAAAAAGGAUUUAGAUGAGAUGCAUGGUCACAAAGAAAGCUGGAAACUGUGGAUGAAGGAAGCAGAACAUAGGGAACGACAACAGGCAGGGAAAGAAAUGCCUAAAUGUUCAGAGACAAAGUUAGGGAAAGAAUGCUUUGCUACUGACACAUGUAAACCUUCUCCCUCUGCUCCAUCUGCGUAUGCCGAGGCAAAAAGUGAAAUGAUGGCCCUCCAGCACAAGCACGAUGAUGCAUCGUAUGUCUUUCCACCACCACCACCUCCCCUACCCCCGUCAUAUGGAUCGAUAUCUUCAAAAAUCAAGGAACAGGAUGAGAGCUCUGCAUCUGGAGGAACCAGAUCUAAAGAGUCACACACGCACAGGAGUCAAGUACCAGCCUGAUCUAGCUGACAGUACAACUAUGGUAAUGCCACAGCCAACAAACUCAUUCCACCCAUCCUUGCUGCACCCUAACUACAAUAUGCCUAUGGUUGAGUAUCCAGGUCCAACAGGUCCCAUAAGAGUCCAUAGAGGAUGGACAGACCCGGACAUGAUGGAAGCGGGAAAACAGCUUCCCUCCCUGGAAUCUGGUGGGUACCGGUUUGGUGAGGAAUUGGUGUCUUUCUGCAAAAACUGGAGUCCCACGUCGCACGAGUUACGACGACUACUGAAGAAAAGACUCACCAGCGACCAGUUCCAGAGAAUCACCACCGACCUGGAUGGCGACUAUCACCAGGAACAAUCAGAGUGGAGAGCAGCUGGAGAGUAUGAGAGGUGGGUUGUUGGAGUCAGCAAAGCUAUUGAACGUGCAUUCCCACAGAAAGUCUGCAUGACAACUAUCCAACAAUGCACCCAAAAAAAGGAAGAAAGCACUGAAGAUUAUUAUCACAGACUGAGUGGUGUGUUUGAACAAUAUUGUGGCAUUCCCAAACCGAACAAUAUGGACAGGGAAAAUUACGAAACAGUGUAUGAAAGUCAUCUGAAAAGUUGUUUCUUGAGUGGUCUCCGUCCUAGUGUCCAGAGUUCCUGCAUUGGCUGGAAGGAUCAACGUCUGAAGGAGAUCCGUAGACAUGCCAAACAUGCCGAGGAGCGGCAAACAGAGGAAAGGGACAAGGAACUUGAAAAACGUGAGUUGACCCAGUACAAUGCUUCUCUAACCAUGAUGCAAAGUAUCGUUGACCAACAUGCAGGUCGCGGACCCAAUCGGGGACGCGGAGGACGCGGACGGGGAGGCAAGCGAGGGAGAGGUGGAGGAAGAGGACAAACACAAGAAAAGAAUGCAACGCAUGAUCAGGAUAAAUGUUUCUACUGCAAGGAAAAAGGACACUGGGCCAGAGAUUGCCCCAAAAAGAAACAAUGAGAAAAAGGAACAUCCAAAUUUGCCUCUGACUGACUGCCUGACACAUUCGUGGUUUCAUCUGAGGAGGAAGGUAAUGCACCACACACAGCUGUUUGCAAGGAAGAAAUGCUUGGCACUGAUACACUGCUUUCCAUGCUGUUAGGGACCGUUGAUAGGUUAGAAAAGGAACAGGAUUUCAAAACCACACCUACUUACAGCCUAUUGUCAUCUGAAGCCUAUAAAAAAAUGCCUACUAUUGUUUGCAUGGUAAAAGGGACCCCAAUAACUUUUGUGGUUAAUUCUGGCGCCACAAAUUCCGUAAUCAGAUCCUCUGAGCUCAAUCCCACUGACAUUAAACUCAGUGGCAGGUAUACUUGGUCAGUUAGCGCUACAGAAAUACUCUACUCCCAUGAUUUGUGAGUGGCAAACGGAUGAGGGAUUAGUGACGAGUAAACAUUCCUUUUUGAUUUCUGAUGUUUGUCCAAUUAAUUUGUUAGGCCGUGAUUUGAUGUGCACAUUUAACAUUGUCCUCACCUCAACACCUGAUGGAUUGAGGGUUUCAAGAUAUGCAGAUAACACAUCAGCCUUUGUACAUUUCAGCCCGACCACACCCUUGUAUGUGUAUCAGUGGUGGUUAGACCUCACUGUGUCUGUCUCCAUUUUGCAAUCUGCUGCUGAUGUGAUAAACCCCUCCUCUGAUAAAAUGACACCUGAACAUUUGCAUUGCACUGCUCACGUCUCAGACGGACCAGACACUGACUAUGCAAAAACAUUUUUUUGCGACUUAAAUGACAGCUUACUGACUACCAACUUGUACUGGACAGAAACCGAAUGUGCAGCAGCCGUUUCUCUGACUGAGAAACAACUCAGAUUUUAUGACAUACACGAUUCACUGCCACACAUCUCCUUUUCAAAACCUGCUAGUAAACAGUGGAGAGAUUUGGGCCCAUUUGUUAAUCGAUGCGAGCGUGCCUCAGAUUGGACUCCCAUGCCAGAAAAUGGUGCAUGUUAUUCUCAAUCUCUGGGGGCAUUUAAAAGACCACUGCAAACUAAGAUACAUUGUCUACGUUCUGUGUAUCUUUUGGAAAAAGAUAAUCCACAUCACCUCACUGCAUGCAGUCCCAGUGACAUUUCCCCACUUUUGGAUCAGGUCCCCCCUGAAUUAUGGGCAAACAGCAAAUAUGAUGUGGGUCUGAUAAAAAACUGUGAACCUGUUCAGAUCACUGCAAAAUCUGAUUACAGACCUGUGGUGAAACGAUAUCCUUUGAAGAAG